AUAAAGGAGAGUCUUCUUCAAUAAAUGGUGCUAGGAUAAUUGAAUGCCUAUAUUAAAAAAUGAAAUAACCCCAUUUUAUACUGUAAGCAAGAAUAAAUUCCAGGUGAAUUGUAGAUCUAAAUGUGAUAGGUAAUGUAAUAAAACUCCUAUAAGAGAAUAACUUAAUGACUAUAGAGAAUGAUUUCUUAAACAGAAUGAAAAGCACUAACCAUACAGGAUAAGAAUGAUAAAGUAAGCCAGGCACUGUGGUGUGUACCUGCAAUCCCAGCUACUUGGGAGGCUGAGAUGGGAGGAUUGCUUGAACCCAGGAGUUUGAGGCCAGCCAACAUAGCAAAAUCCCAUAUCACAAAAGAGAAAGAAUGACAAAUUAGACUACAUUAAAUUGUUAUCUGUUUAUUAAAGAACACCAUGAAGAAGGUAAACAGGCUAGAAGGAGAUACUUGCAGUAUGUAUAACCUACAAAGGAUCUAUAUCCAGAAUAUAAAAACAAAUUCUACAAAUCAGUAAGAAGGUGACAGAAUCCACUAGAAAAAAUGGCAAGAGAUCUGGACAGGCAUUUCUAAUAAAGGAUAUGCAAAUGGCCAAUAAUAGAUUAAAUGAAAAGACCUCAGCCUCUUAGGGAUCAGGAAAAUGCUGUGUAUCUCCAAGAGAAAUGAAAACAUACAUCCACACAAAAACUUGUACACAAGUGUUCACAGCAGGAUUGUACAUAAUAGCCCCAAUAUGGAAACAAUCCAUAUGCUAUCAACUGAGGAAUGGAUAAAUAAAAUGUGGCAUAACUAUUAAUGGAAUGUUAUUUGGCAAUAAAAAUAAAUGAAAUACUGAUACAUGCCACAAAUGGAUGAACCUUGAAAAUGUUAUGCUAAGUGAAAGAAGCCAGACACAAAAGGCCACGUAUUGUAUGAUUCCACUUAUAUGAAAUAUCUAGAAUAGACAAAUUAUAGAGGCAGAAGAUAGAUUAGUAGCUGCCUAGAACUGGGAGUUUGGGGGAAGAGGAGAAUUGACUAUCACAGGGUAUGGAGUUCUUUUUUGGGGUGAUGAAAAUGUUCUAGCUCUUUCCUUGCCUAACGCAGCCAUGGCUCGUGGUCCCAAGAAGCAUCUGAAGCGGGUAGCAGCUCCAAAGCAUUGGAUGCUGGAUAAAUUGACUGGUGUGUUUGCUCCUCGUCCAUCCACCGGUCCCUACAAGUUGAGAGAGUGUCUCCCCCUCAUCAUUUUCCUAAGGAACAGACUUAAGUAUGCCCUGACAGGAGAUGAAGUAAAGAAGAUUUACAUGCAGCGGUUCAUUAAGAUAGAUGGCAAGGUCCGAACUGAUAUAACCUACCCUGCUGGAUUCAUGGAUGUCAUCAGCAUUGACAAGACGGGAGAGAAUUUCCGUCUGAUCUGUGACACCAAGGGUCGCUUUGCUGUACAUCGUAUUACACCUGAGGAGGCCAAGUACAAGUUAUGCAAAGUGAGAAAGAUCUUUGUGGGCACAAAAGGAGUCCCUCAUCUGGUGACUCCUGAUGCCCGCACCAUCCGCUACCCCGAUCCCCUCAUCAAGGUGAAUGAUACCAUUCAGAUUGAUUUGGAGACUGGCAAGAUUACUGAUUUCAUCAAGUUCGACACUGGUAACCUGUGUAUGGUGACUGGAGGUGCUAACCUGGAAAGAAUUGGUGUGAUCACCAACAGAGAGAGGCGUCCUGGAUCUUUUGACGUGGUUCACGUGAAAGAUGCCAAUGGCAACAGCUUUGCCACUCGACUUUCCAACAUUUUUGUUACUGGCAAGGGCAACAAACCAUGGAUUUCUCUUCCCCGAGGAAAGGGUAUCCGCCUCACCAUUGCUGAAGAGAGAGACAAAAGACUGGCGGCCAAACAGAGCAGUGGGUGAAAUGGGCCCCUGGGUGCCAUGUCAGACCUUUGUACGUAAUUAAAAAUACUGUGGCAGGAAAAAAAAAAAAAAAAA